UCAAUGAAGUUGAUGGGUACAGUAAUCCACACGGGCACUCAGUUUAAUAUGGUACAAAGGGAAAACUGUUCGUAAUAAGUGGAAUUUUUUUUCCUUACAUCUCAGAAGUUACAGAGGGGGGAAACCGCGUGGAGGAGUUAAAACUCAGGCACCUAUCUGAUGGGGACAUAUCUUCAUCCAGGAAUUUCUAUAUCUUUUGACCAAAUUGGGCUUCAGGUGCACUUUAGUGCAGAUGCAAGGACUUAUGCAGAGACAAACUUUAGUCCUACGUAAACCAGAUGCAUCCAGCAAAGAGUCACAAUCCUCUUGCAGUGAUAACCACGGUUUAUUCCAAACACUGACCCCCGUCUCAUACAUAUCAUUUCCACAUUUUACCAUUCUGCACCUUCUCUGCAUUCAUCUGAAUGAAGCUUAGCACAGACUUUCAGCUUUUGCUGAACACUGAACUUGUGUGAGAGUUGCUGUGCGGAGCAUCGCUGCACUCCGGUAGAACCUAUUAGCUCAGCUAAGUGCUUGUGUCCACAUGAUUAAAAAUACCUACCUCAUAAAUGUUUUGGACAUGCUUAUCUCUUAAGGAUGACUCUUUGCUCUGUGUCAGUCAUCAACUAUUCUCACUGAUUAGUCUCUCUGGAUUUUGAGCUUCUCACAUACACACAUCAAACAAGAGACGAGGAUCACUGACUCUACUUUUUCUGACAGUACUUCACAACAUGGUGAGGUUUUGCUGGCAUAUAUAGACAACAGCCACAAAGUCGCCCUAAUGUCAGACCAGCAUAAAACUGGAGGGGAAGAAGAAGAAAAGGAGACUUCUGGCCUUACAGGGAAGACCAAAUCUGAGGAAGAAAAUGAGAUCAAUGAGACGAAUGAGAUUGAGAAGAAGGUGGAGGAGGAGGAUGGCAGAGCGAUGCAGAUCCCCCUGCACCGCUGGUUGAUGCACGGGGCAUUGAUGUUUGGACGUGAGUUUUGCUAUGCCAUGGAAACAGCACUAGUGACACCUGUGCUGCUGCAAAUAGGUCUUCCUGAGAAGUAUUAUAGUUUGACCUGGUUCCUCAGCCCUGUGUUUGGUCUAAUCUUCACGCCGCUGCUGGGCUCAGCCAGCGACCGCUGCACUCUGAGCUGGGGCCGCAGAAGGCCGUUCAUUCUGGCUCUCUGUGUCGGUGCUCUGAUCGGAGUGGCGCUGUUUCUGAAUGGAUCACUCAUUGGGCUUUCUGUCGGGGACAGUGUCAACAAUCAGCCAAUCGGCAUCAUUCUUACCAUAGUGGGCGUGGUAAUACUGGACUUCUGUGCCGACGCGGCUGAGGGACCAGUCAGAGCCUACCUUCUUGAUGUCGCUGACACAGAAGAGCAAGACAUCGCCCUGAAUAUUCAUGCGAUUUCAGCCAGUGUCGGUGGAGCGGUGGGAUACAUGCUGGGGGGUCUGGAUUGGACGGGCACAGCUCUGGGGAUUGCCUUCAAAGCACAGGAACAGGUCCUGUUCCUGUUUACAAGCAUCGUCUUCAUCAUUUCCGUCAUACUGCACAUGUUCAGCAUUCCCGAGGAACGUCUGACUCCAGCUGAACUCCUAAACGACACGAGGCACGGAGGUUUUAGCAGCAAGGCGUUCACUAACCCCGAAUCCCAUGGGAGCACAGAAGACGGUGCGGCACAAGGCCCUUCAGGAGAGCAGGAGAUGUCCGCUCUCCACAAGCAACACCUUGAUCUCCUUUCUGUGGAACGAGUGCGCAGUAAAAGCGACUCCGUCUUGGCCAUGUCAGACGCUUCGGUUAACUUUCACAGAGUCCUCCUUCCAGACCUUCAGACUCCCUCCCCAGAGAGCUUUUUUCUGCCGGUCACAGAUCAGGUGCUAGAAGACGUCUUCACGCCAUCAGUGAACAGCUUCGGUUCCUCGCCCUCGAUUGAAGAGUCUUCCAGCGCUGAUCAGAACGUGGCCAUAAAACUGCUGUCUCCUGUUUCAUCUAAUCCUGCUCCUGCAACAAAUGGCUUCCAUUCCUUGCUUCAGAAUAAACGUGGCUCAGAGGACCAACAGCUGAGAAAAAUCAUAGCUGACAAGGCUCUCAGUUCUGGCUUGUCCUCACCUGCCUCUCCUAAUCCAGGCAGAAGCCAUGGCUUGACGAAAACCAGGGACCGUGCUUGUAGUAGUCUUGGAGUAUCACGGCCUCGAGCACAGAGCUUCUACAGACAACCGUCCUUUACCUUUUCAUACUAUGGCCGGGUGGGGUCACAGCGAAGUCGAGCAGUGCACCCUCAGCGGAUCGCUGUCUCCCGGAGUCUGAAUGACCUGAGUAAGGUUCACCAUACUGAUGGGAAAGAGCUGCGGCCAUCAGCCGGCAGCGUGCCACCGGAUCGGUCCUGCAGUGAAGGAGAGGCAGACAAGGGGACAACUGUGCGACUGCUUUGGCUGUCUUUGUUUAAGAUGCCGAAACAGCUGUGGAGAUUAUGUGUGUGCCAUCUCCUCACAUGGUUCGCGUACAUGGCUGAAUCUGUGUUCUACACAGAUUUUAUGGGACAAGUCAUUUAUAAUGGAAAUCCACUGGCAGCAGCUAAUUCUACGGAACUACAAAAUUAUCAAAGAGGAGUGCAGAUGGGCUGCUGGGGACUGGUGCUGUGUGCUGCUACUUCUGCUGUCAGCUCUGCUGUCCUGCAGAAGUAUCUCGAUAACUUCGAUCUGAACAUCAAGGUGGUCUACGUUGUUGGCACUCUGGCAUUCUCAGUAGGAGCUGCAAUCAUGGCAAUCUUCCCAAAUGUUUACGUUACCAUGGUGCUGAUCGGCACCAUGGGCAUCAUGUCCAUGAGCAUGUCCUACUGUCCCUAUGCGUUACUCGGCCAAUAUCAUGAAAUCAAACAGUACAUUGACCACAGUCCGGCAAACACAAAGAGAGGCUUCGGUAUUGACUGUGCCAUCUUAACCUGUCAGGUCUAUAUCAGCCAGAUUUUGGUGGCGGUGGCUCUGGGGUCGAUAGUGGAGGCGAUCGGCAGUGUGCGCGUGGUCCCGGUGGUUGCUUCUGCGGGAUCCUUCGCCGGCUUCCUGACAGCCUGCUUCCUCGUCAUUUAUCCUGAUAUUGAUCCCAGCAGCUCAGCGGAGAGGCUGCACUUGCCUGAAUUGCCUGAUUUAGAGGAGCAUGCAGGAAGAACUACAGACCAGAAACGGCCUCCGCUGGAUCACACAGAAAGAAAGGUUUUGGAGAAGGCCGACAAUCAGUCACUGAGUGAACAUUAAUCCAUGAAGAAAUUCUCCAGCUUGUCUCUUUCGAUACAGCUUCGAGGAGAAUAACACACAUUUUGUUCCUGGGUAGAAAGAACAUUUUCCUCCUUUCUAGACCUGCAAAUCAAUGAUAAGGUUAUUAUGAUGUUCAAACUUUGAUUUUGUAUCUUUGGUGAUUAAUUAUUUGAUUUUUAUAUUUUAAAGAAAGUGAAAAAGCUUUUGGUAUACUAAUUAGAUGAAUAAAGAAAAGAAAUGACUGAAAUGUGAUUGCAUGUUUGCCCUAUUUCACAUGGAAUACUGUGGAAAAUGGGAAAGCCAGAGGAUUCAUGGCCUGUUAGUUUUUGCACAAGCAAUCAGGAGAAAAAUACUUUCACCUCAUAAAUGGAGAAAAGUUCAAAAGUUGUUCUCCUGUGUAAUAAGUGCUGCUAAUUUAGAGAUUUGUCAGAAGGUGUUUUUCCAAGGGAGCCACAAUUCAAUGAAAAUAUAGCAGGAAUUUGAUAUUUCAAUUUCAACAGUAAAAAAGUGUGCAUGCACUGUGUCAACAAUGUUUCACAUCAUUAAAAGGUUAUGAAUAUAAUUUUUCCAAGCUGGGCAAUAAACAUUUUCAUUCAUAAAUGCCACAAUAAUCAAUUGAGCUUCUUUGUUGUUAUUUUGGGGAAAUUGAUUUUAAUUUACGCUGAGCUAAAUGUCACC